AUGGGUUUCUUCUCCAAUUUAUUUCAUCAUCACAAUAAGAAUGAUCCUAAACACCAAUCCGUUUCCGUUUCUUCCACUGCUCCUUCACUAACCUCUCCACACACAAUAGACGAAACCUCCCAUGCCGACCAAGCUCUCGAUCAAUCCUUUCGUUCAACUGUCAGUUCAACUCACAUCAAUUCCAAUACCUCAUCCAGUCGUUUAUCCAUCGACUCAAUGGCUUCCUCCUUCUCCAAUGCCACACAAUACAACUCAACUCAUAAACAUUCAAUGAGUAAUCCAUUUCAUUUCCUUCACACUCACACUUCACAUCAUAAUCCACAGAGAAUGAGUGUUCGUGAUUUUGCUCGACAAUAUUUGGAAGUUUUGGAGAGUGAAAAGAGGAGAGAAUUGUUGAAGAGUGUUUCAAUGAUACAGACAAACUAUUCGAAUGGUGGUUGUGUGAGUGCGAAUCAGUCGUUGCAUGCAAUUGUUGGUGGUGCUGCUGCUGCUACAGUAGUGGGUGAUAAUGUGAAUUCGAAUAAUGAGAAUUUGGUGAGUGAGGAGGCAACUGUUUCGAAUGGAAUUGCAGAGGUGAAUACAGAGUCAACGACACUGGUGACAGCUGUUGAUAAUUCAAACACUUCCAAUGAGGAUGUUGCAGUUAGUAAUGAAAAUAAUCGUCUCAGUAUUGAAAAUUCACAACUUAUCAGAAAUAUCAAGAAACAACAUGUAAAUAAUGAGGAGAAACAAACUUUUAAAAAGUUUAUUAUUGAAAAUGAAAAGUAUAUUCAAACACUCGAUGAAAUUUAUCAAGUUUGCAUUUAUGGACAAGUUGAAAGAUUGAAGGAACUUGUCUCUGCACAUAGUGAAAAAUCCGGAAGAAAAUUUUCACUCACAAUGGCAAGUUUGAGAAUGACUGGUUCUGUAAUUGAUAUGAGUGGUGAUGCAGAACAUAAGAAUGUAAAGAAACAAUCGUGGAGUCAUUGUACUCUGGUUCACUUGGCUGCACGUUUCAAUCAGGUCGAUGUUUUAGACAUGCUCUUGAAAGAAUUUACCAAUGAAGAUAAUCUUUCAGAUGUGCUGAAUUGUGAGGAUGAUAUUCAUGCAACUCCAUUGUUCCAUGCUGUGACUGCUGGAGCCAUUGAGGCAACUACAUUUUUAUGCAGUUUCACUCAACAAAUCAAAAUUAAUGUAAAGGACAUGUUUGAAUGCAGUCCACUUUGGUAUGCUCUCAAUAGAAAAGACUUUGAAAUGGCCAAUAUUUUAUUGACAUUUGGUGCUGACAUGUUCUUUAAAAUUCAUGGUGGAGAAUCCUAUCUCCAUAGAGCUUGUGACAAUAAUGAUAUUGCCAUGGUUAAGUAUAUUCUUCUAGGUAUUGGAGUGGACGAUGAGAUUGAUUUGACCAAUCAAAAGACUUUACAAAUAUUCGAGGAGAGACAGAACUUAUUUUUGAGAAGUGAUCAAAGACAUCAAACACCUCUCUUCAAUUCUAUCAAAUCCUAUCAGGAUAAUAUGAAGAAACGUAAAUCUGAUACUCUUCCAUCUCCAAAUGAAGCUCCAAAUCCACAAAAGGAACAAGUGAUGGACUUUUUAUUAAGCUUUUUCAAUGAACAUGCCCCAGUGUUAUUGCAGAAAGCUUUAGAUCAAACGAAUCACUAUGGACACAAUGUAUUCCACUUCUGCGCUGAGCAAGAUGCAUUCCAGCAAUUGCUCAAAUUAAUCAAAUAUUUUGAAACUGAUGAAAAGCUCAAGUUUGCCCUAAAUCUCAAAGACAAAAUUCUAGGUAACACCCCACUCCAUAUUUCUAUAAUGACAAGUCAUUAUGAUAUUUUUAAACUAUUUAUUAAUUGUAGUGAAGUUGAGUUGAAUAUUCCAAACCAACAACUAGAUUUACCACUCCAUGUAGCCCUAAGACAACACAAGUUGAGAAUGUGUCAAUAUCUCUAUAUUCACUAUAGUCAACAAGAUUUAGAAGUUAAGAAUGCUCAAAGAUACUCCUCACUGAAAUUGGCCAAGAGAUUGGACAUUAACAUGAAAAAGCUUGCAGAGGGUUCAACAGAAGAAUUUGAAAAGAAGAAGAUCGUCAAGAACACUUCUGAAAAGAAAUGGUGGCACAUUUUCAAGAUUCACAAGCAAAACAAUCAACAAGAUUCCAGAAAGAGCAUGGUUGAAAAGGGCCAUACAACACCUCUCGAAGAAAUUUCUCAAAAUGAAAGCGAGUUCACCUCAUCAACUGAUGCCUCUUCCUCUGAUUUAUCGGCUCAAAGAACAACCUUCCCUCUGGUUAUUUGGACUAAGGAGCUGACAUUGGGAGUUGAUAUUAUUGACACUCAACACCAUGCCCUUGUUGACAUUAUCAACAAGUUGAUCAAAUUAUUGUUUGGAGAAGAUAAUGCUUUUAUUCCUGACAGAUCAGCAGAUGAAUGGAUUCUGGGUUAUAUAAUUGGCAAUCUACUCGAAUACACUGAAUUCCAUUUUGAAACCGAGGAGAAAAUUAUGUCCAAAUAUCAGAAAAUACUUCCAGAUGGUUAUUUAGAUGAACAUCAUCAAGAACAUGUCGAAUUCACAUCGAAAAUUCACAAAUUGCAUCAAGAAUACCUUGAAAGUCACUCCACUCUAUCCUUCCUCAAUGUGGAUUUGUUGAAUUAUUUACUGAACUGGCUAGUUACUCACAUCAUGGGAAGUGAUCAUAUUUUGGUUUCUCAUCUUAACAAGGGUAUGAAGGAGGGCCAAAAAAUCGAAUUGUAA